CGGCGCUGCUACCACCUUUCUGUCAAUUUGUUCACGUCGUUUUUGCAUUUUUCUUCAUGAUACCCAUUCAUUUUUUGAUUUUUGAUACACCACGCGAAAUGAUUUUCUUUUCAUCUUUCACGAGAUAAAGACGCAUUUAUUAAAAUACAUUAAUUAAAUGCUGUUACAUUUUGACCUACGUAUAAUUGGGUUCGCCUUAUUUCUCUUAACCUAGCUGAGAAGUUAACCAUUUACCUACUAUUAUCUUCUGAAAAAUUAAAAUUUUCCUACGAAUGAAAUUCAGUGUUAAAAUUAAGUCUGGCGUGAAUAAUUUAUUGCGUAAUAAGUGGAACUUGACUUAUAAAUUUGAUAGAUGACAUUGUCUUGAGUUAUGUAGUGAGUAUGGUAGAAGAAAGUGCACUUGAAGAAGAUCUGGAUGUUGAUGGACUAUGUGAAAUGGUUUCUGCUUGUCUUCCUGAGUUUUCUACCAUUGAGAAAGAAGCAGUGUCCAAAUGGCUGUUGGAUGUUGAAAGUAAAUUACGGCAAGAAAGUAAAGAGAAUGAAAAUUGUCAACCCCAGGAUCCCUUGAGUCAUAUUAGUUUAACAGCUUUAUUACCUCCUGGUACACAGAGAAUGAGAGUUCACCAUCUUUCAGAAACUAGCGAUGCUGGAAGUGAUUCCAGUGGAGAAUAUUUUUCGGAAGAAUCAUCUUGGCAUCAAGUAGCACUUUUGCAAGAAAUGUUCCCAGCUGCAAGUCCAGCAGAAGCCAGACAUUGCUUGGCAGUUGCUGGUGGUGAUAUAGCAAAAGCAGCACAGCUUGCGCUUCAUAGACAAGAAGCGGGACAGAGUAUCGUUAGUAACCUUACUUUUCUAACACCAAAUGGUCGUAACAAGGCUAGAGUGAAUGACGAGGAAUUGAAAUCACGUAUCAUAGCACGGUAUAGUUAUGUCGAUAGGGAUGACGAUUCACGCGAGCAUCGUCCAGUCGCACCGAAAACAGAACCAAAAAAAUUAGUACGCUAUUUAGAUAACAAGAUUGUGAGUGUGAAGGGAGAACGAUACACUGAAGUAAGAAGGGGCGGCGAAGAGGAGGAUGGCAAUGAAGGUGGGAGAAAAAGAGGUCAUUGCCGACCGUAACCAGCCCCUUUGCCUCCACCCCCCGAUCCACCCCCUUGGAGGCAUCUGAUUUCAAAUUAAAGCUUUCACUUAGAUUCUCUUGUCUUGCUUAUAAAGAAAUGCGGACAGGAUGUUGAAUUUCUACAUACUUGCAAGCAUACUUCUUUUUUUCAAUUGUUUUUGUCUUAUUUACAGUGACUUUUAUGGAUUUUAGAAUUUUUUUUUUAUCUUUUUGUGCGUGAUAUUAUUCAUAUUGUGAUUUAAUGCAAGAGAUUUGCAUUUUGACAAAUCACAUAUAUGCAUAUGACGUACCGUUCGUGGUAUGGAACAAUGAAAAUUUCUUCCUAACGGUACAUUGCUAAUAUAAUGAAUUAUUAUUAUUAUUACGUCGCAGUUUAAGUACCUGUUAACGUAUAAUUAACUUACGUUUGAAAUUUUCUACUCUUUAUCAAGUGUACAAUGAUCACAAAGUAAAUUUAUGAUUUUUAGUUUAGAGAAUUUUUUUUAUGUUAACGAACUUAUAGGUUAAUUAAAAUGUAAUUGCAAAAAGCAAUUUUGUAAUAUUUUAUUGUUUUUAAUAGUUUUUUAGACUUUAAGAUCAGCGCUAUAAUU